CUAUUGGGUGGAGUUGCUUUGGGUGUGGCUACUUAAUUUUUAGUAUACGGAGUUAUACGGGUGCGUCGUUGUGGGUGGGGCUGGCAGUGCUGCAGGAAAAAUCAUGGAAAAGCGAAAUGAAGAGAGAAAGAAGAGCUUUCUAGAUGAUGGAACAGAAGAGACUAGCAGCACCGGUAAUACAGCAGCUACUGCAGUAGUGAGAAGAAGAACAGCUAAAAUAAUAAGAAGAAAAGAACCUACAGUUGAUCUAAGAACAUUACCACCAGUGUCUCUGCUGCAACCUGCUACCAUUGAGUGCUACAGUACCGUAGAAUCAGCUUCAGUGCACACGCUGGACGCCCUGGGGAGCUAUUAUACGGCAAUUGUGGAUGAAAUGAGCAUUACUGGUUGGAGGAUUGAUGAGCACAAAAAAGCAAAGCAAGAGCUGAGCAUAUCAUCACAGCACUUGCAGGCUGCAAACAGACAGGCACUGCAGAGUAGAGAGAGCUCCUGCAAUCGUCUUUACUCCUCUCGACUCAAUUCUAGACUCACCAAAAGGAGAGAGCAAUAUUCAUUCAAGCACAGUGAUGACAUUGAUGAUCACUUGAGCCAUUACAUCAAUCACUGCUCAUUCAGUUUUCUCUUAAUAUCGUCAAAAAAGAAAGAACCGCUACUGCAGGAGCUACCAGAGCAAUCUGACAGCACUCACGAAGCAGUGAGUGAAGCAAUGCAUAGGAGAAGAAGUGGCACCACUAGGAAUGACUACAGCAGGAAAUCAAACAGAAAAUUAGAAGAAAAUGAUUGCAGCAAUGAAUUAUGUGACAUUCAGACUAACCCCCCUAAUCAUAGGCUACAUAGUUUAGCAAGCAAGCUUGGAGUAGAGGACUCCAUCCACAAACCAACUCUGGUUCAUUUAAGCAAAGCAAAGACAGCUUCAACAAACAUGAGGAGAUCAGGUGAGAUGGAUAGAGUUGCUGAAUCAUUAAUGGUAACUGGUGCAAGUGACAGUAAAGAAACCAAACUUGUCGAUUUGGCAGACAAAAAUCGAAGGCAUUUGAACUCAAGCCGGCAACCAUCAAGGCAGUCUUCAUCGAGACAGUCAUCAAGGCACCAGGAGCAUAACUUUUCAGCUCUUUCUAAACCAAUAAAGAAAGAGAGGAAAGAUCCUUCGACAAUUUCUAUAUCAAAAUACUUAAAUAUCAAUAAUAGAUCAGAGAGAGACAAGGAGGGAGAGGAGAAAAAAGAUGAGAGAGACAAGAUCUCAGAACUAGAAGAAAAGAAAGAAAAAGAUGAAGAACAGCAUCUCCAUGAAGCUGAAGCUAGCUGUAGUCAUUCGACUUCUGAGCCAUGGCCUGAUCCAUAUCCAAUUGAUCUAAUGGCUGAUACAGGUAUUAAGAAAGAUAUUGUAAUACGGAGGACAGCUGAUUCACUGGGUCUGCACUCGCACAAGUGGGCCAAAGACUUCAUGGAGAGAGGGUUCCUUAAUGGGAGAAUAUCUCGUAACAUUUACUAUCACUACUCAAGGCCGGGGACUAGAGAAGGAACUAGAGAAGGCUCUGCUUCUUCUGAUGUUUCUGCAAUAGAAAAGAAUAAAGAAAUGAAGCCAAGAACAGAGAGAGCUGUCACAACAAGAGGAGAAAGAAAUAAAGCAGAUACUAUUACAGAGAAACUGCAGAAGCUAGAGAGUGUGUACUUUAGUGGAUCUUGUAGGAGGCCACCAGGGGCUGGUGGAGGAAUGAACUCAGCUUGUAAAAGGAAGAUAAUUAAAGGGUCAGUUUCAAGACCACAGACUCAAGCAAAUGUGCACAAAUCAAGGAGACAGUAUCAUGAAGGAGGAGGAGAGGAGAGAGAAAAGAAGAGGUCUGGCAUGGCAAAGUGGGCAGUAACAGGAGAGAGAUGGCAAAAUAUGUCACCGAUUAAGUUAUUUACAUAAAAAAAUAAUAAUAACAAUAAUAAUAAUAACAACAACAACAAUAAUAAUAAUAAUGAUAUUUAUUUAAAGUAUAUGACAUACAGAACUUGAUUUGGCA